CCUCCUCGUCUCCCUCCCGCUCCUGGGAAAGCGAAGCCGUCGCUUUAAGGGUGGCUGUGAGAAUCACUCGGCGUCUCGGGGAGGGGACCGCGCCCGCCCCCUUGGAACCUCGGAGUGCGGCCGAUACAGGUUACAAAAUGUCCUCCUAUGCUUGAAAUCUACAGACUACAUGUUCUUCAAGAACUAAGCCGUGGUUUUUCAUCUUCUGGAAGUACACAUAAGCAUAAAUAUGAUGCCAAAACUCAUUUUCAUUUUCUGACUGCAGUUGAUUCGGACAUACUUCUGUGUUGAAGAGAAGUAUACUGAGGACGUUCAUUGUUCAGAGACUGUCGUGUAGGAUCAUGGACCAUUCUAACAGGGAGAAAGAUGACAGACAACGGACAACUAAAACCAUGGCACAAAGGAAUACACACUGUUCCCGACCAUCUGGCACCUCAGCAUCCUCUGGAGUUCUCAUGGUGGGACCCAACUUCAGGGUUGGCAAGAAGAUAGGGUGUGGGAACUUCGGAGAGCUCAGAUUAGGUAAAAAUCUCUACACCAAUGAAUAUGUAGCCAUUAAACUGGAACCAAUAAAAUCACGUGCUCCACAACUUCAUUUAGAGUACAGGUUUUAUAAACAGCUUGGCAGUGCAGGUGAAGGCCUCCCACAGGUAUAUUACUUUGGACCAUGUGGGAAGUACAAUGCCAUGGUGCUGGAGCUCCUUGGCCCUAGCUUGGAGGACUUAUUUGACCUCUGUGACCGAACGUUUACUUUGAAGACGGUGUUAAUGAUAGCCAUCCAGUUGCUUUCUCGAAUGGAGUAUGUACACUCAAAGAAUCUCAUUUACCGAGAUGUGAAACCAGAGAACUUCUUGAUUGGCCGACAAGGCAAUAAGAAAGAACAUGUAAUACACAUAAUAGAUUUUGGACUGGCCAAGGAAUACAUUGAUCCUGAAACCAAAAAACACAUACCUUACAGAGAGCACAAAAGCUUAACUGGAACUGCACGAUACAUGUCUAUCAACACGCAUCUCGGCAAAGAGCAAAGCCGGCGAGAUGAUUUGGAAGCCCUAGGCCAUAUGUUCAUGUACUUCCUACGCGGCAGCCUACCCUGGCAAGGACUCAAGGCUGAUACAUUAAAAGAGAGAUAUCAAAAAAUUGGUGAUACCAAAAGGAAUACUCCCAUCGAAGCUCUCUGUGAGAACUUUCCAGAGGAGAUGGCAACCUACCUUCGGUAUGUCAGGCGGUUAGAUUUCUUUGAAAAACCUGAUUAUGAGUAUUUACGGACCCUCUUCACAGAUCUGUUUGAACGGAAAGGCUACACCUUUGACUAUACCUAUGAUUGGGUUGGAAGGCCUAUUCCUACUCCAGUAGGAUCAGUUCAUGUAGAUUCUGGUGCAUCUGCAAUAACUCGAGAAAGUCACACACACAGGGAUCGGCCAUCACAGCAGCCUCUUCGAAAUCAGACUGCAUCAUCAGAGCGCCGAGGAGAGUGGGAAAUCCAGCCCAGCCGGCAGACCAAUACCUCAUACCUGACGUCUCACUUGGCCGCAGACCGCCAUGGGGGUUCAGUACAGGUGGUUAGUUCAACCAAUGGAGAGCUGAAUGUUGAUGACCCCACUGGAGCUCACUCAAAUGCACCAAUCACAGCUCAUGCCGAGGUGGAGGUAGUGGAGGAGGCUAACUGCCUGAAAAUGCUCAACCUGUGGUGCUGCUGUUUCUUUAAGAGGAAAAGGAAGAAGACUGCUCAGCGACACAAGUGACCAGUGCCUCCCAAGAGUCCUCAAGUCCUGGGGACUCUGGCUCCAAUUGCACCUGCAGCUCCUGCCAUUUCUCAUUGGAAGGGACUCCUCUGUGGGGGAGGGUGGAGAUCCAAACCAAAAAGAAGAAAACAGAUGCCCCCAGAAGGAGCCAGUGCAGGCAGCCAGGGCCCAGUGGGCCAGUGGCAAUCCCUCUGUCUGAGCUCUGAGCAGGUCCAGAGCUGCUGCUUCUCCACUGCUUGCCCUUGGGCUAUCUGGUUGACUCUCUUCCCAUUGUUUACAGUGAAGGUGUCAUUCACAAAAACUCAAGGACUACUAUUCUCCUCCCUCCUCUUCCUUUACUCCUGGCUCUUACACCACCCUCAACCCUUUCCAGCAUAAAAACUACUAAGCUAAAGGCUCUUUCAAGUAGCUGGUGGUGUGGCCUAGAAGGUAGGAGGAAGAUGACAACCCUGGGCUGGAGGACUUCUCCACUUCCCAGGUGUGUCUAGUAGGAUGACUUCCUUUCCCUCUGUGCCUGGGUGACUCCAGCCCAGCUGGCCACAGGAUUCAGGUCCUUCCCUCUGUUCCUCCCUUCCUCCCCUGCUCCUGUGAAGUUACACUGUAGGACACAAGCUGUGAGAAAUCUGCAGUCUACUGUCCCUGUGUGUUGACAUUCUUAGCUUUUUUGAUAAGCAACUCCCUUGCUCCGACUGUAGCAAAACACACCUGUGGUUCUGAGCAAAGGAAAGGAAACUGACUUUAUUGCACUUUUAGUUUUGGGGGGUUUUGUUUUUGUUUUAUAAACAACAUGGCAGAUGCAUAUUGUGUCUGGUUAUAUUGGUUGGGGGGUGCUUUUUUCUGUUUCAAGGGGGAUGGGCCAGCCAAGCCAUUCAGAGAAAACGUGGGUCCAGAGGACAUUCUUGAUGGAGUGAUUUGCAGCCCUUGGAAGAGAAGAAGCCAAACUUUGUGUCAUCCUGAGUGAAUUCUCAGGUUGGCAAGGAAACAUACUUGAAUUUUCAUUCAUCUUCUCCGCUGCAGAGAAAAGUCCCCACCAGAGCCCCUUGACCUAAUCAGCCUAGAGCUUGAAAGCCCUGCUCCUGAGCACUUGGGAUGAGCACCAAGCUGGACUGUGAUCAACCAGGAAGGCACCUCAUCUCAGAGAGGAGAUACUUAACAACAAAGCAAAAUUUCUGUUUCCUCCACUGCCAGGGACUUCCUACUAGAUAGCCAUGUGACUUUCUGUUGACUUGGGGGACAACAUUAGUGACUAAACAGCCACCACUAUAUUGCCAGUAGUGGACGAAAGAGGGCAGCAAAUCUGCCUUCCAACUUGCCAGAGGAGCCUCAGGAUGCAGCAUCCUGAGGCCGGGAAAAGAUAUCAGCGUGUCAUGUCUGCCCCAAGACUGAGUUAGAGCAUCUAGACUGGUCUGCCUUAGAAAUCAAGCCUGUGAUGAUCUUGGAGCAGGUCCAUAGCAGCAAGCUUAAAACUUGGUACAUGGGGCUGCAGUAAGCAGGAAAGGUAAGAUUGGUUGGUGCUGGGAAAUUCCAGGGGAAAAUGAAUCUGUAAUGAAAGGUCUAAAAUUCUGUCUUAGCAAUUGAACAGAGACUCUUUCCAGAUAAUAUGACCGUAUAUUAGCAUGUGUUCCCCAGUACACUUUGUACCUGCCACAAUGGCAUCUUCACUGGACAUGCCACUGUGCUGCAUCACUGGUCGCAUAAAUAGUGUGUGUGUGGGGGGUACUCUUCUCAUGUUCUGUUUUCAUUUUGGUGACAUUUCCAAGGAUUAUUCACGUGAUCAAAGAGGUCUUAUAUCUGGGUAUAAAGAGCUGCCCGCAUAGGGCAGCGACUAGUGACUUAGUGCAGCGCAGGACUCUGCUUGUAUAUGUAGAAAACUGGAGGACGUCAGGACUCUUUGUGGUCAUGUUUCAGAAAUCAUAUCAAACGGAGCAGAGUUUAUGCGCCUUGUGUGUUCUGUUGGACCUUAGCUAGGGAACCUCUCUCUUUACUGGCUUCAGACCUGCUCAGCCUUUGUAAAGAUUGUUACUCAGUCAUUUAUUUACAAAAAAGAAAAAUGUUUUUCUCCAUGAAACAGAGUGGCAGGGAGAAGUCAGGUCAAACCCCUUCCUCAUAAGGAAUUUGAGUGUUAGGAUUUGCUUCCUUCUUAUUAUGUAGUAGUUAAAGCUCAUCACUAAAAUUUACAUAGUCCCUCGUUUGACAUGUGGACAACUCUGACUUCCCCUACAGAAACUUAAAAAUCCUCGUACCAGGAAAUGGUGGCAAGGCCUAGAGCAUCCUGGCACUCUGUCCCACUAAGUGCCUCCCCAACCCUGCCUCCACAGUAAAGCAAAAGGCAGUGAUGAGUUCGGCUGCAGGGUAGAAUGCCCUGUAGCUGGGCCUAAGACUUCUUUUUUGUCUUAACAUAUUUUUAUAGGCUAGCUCUUGAGAGGUUGGACCUGAGUGGUUUGUGGGAGUGGGGAAGGGUCCUCCCUAAUGCACUGUUGACACCCUCCAGCCCCACAAAUCCCUUCCUUUCUAGAUAUUUGGGUUUUGUAACAUAGGUCCCUUUAACUUGCAGGGCAGCAGUGAUCCUUUCAAGGCCAUUGACACUCCAAAGUGGUCCCAAAGCUGGGCAAUUCUCUUAUUAUCUUCCUUAAAUUUUUAAUUCUGAAUUCUCUAGAAAAACUGCUCAUCUGUUACAACCCCACCAGCACAUCAGACUCCUUACACAUCCCUGUUUCUGUCAGUUGCCUGGCUGCAAGCUCAGCCAGAUCCUAGGGCAUAGGCACUCCCCUCAUCAAAGUCCACUGUUCCAACUCAGUUGUGAGACCUAAUGAUGGUUUACGUUAGGACUGAUGCAUUUACUUCCUCUUAAGACUGACUCAUCUGUUCUAGAGACGGGCAUUUGAUGCUGUACUAUUUGGACUUUCCUCCAGCUUUGCUGUCCUUGAGUGAGGCAUUGCAACCUGAGCAGACUUGGGUACAAGAAGGCCAGCGGUUACAACAAGGUGUCUUUGCAGUGUCUAGUCAUACAAGUGGAUCUUGAGAGUUCUCGCCCCAGACUGCCCACAAGGCUGCGCUGAAUGUGCCAGCACCUACUGAGCACUCAUGACUGCCUUAAUUAACAGUCUUCUAUUGUGGGUCUGUCUAGGAGCAAACAGGGUCUUGUAAAGGAAUGUGUACAUCAGGUGACUACGUAAGUCUCCAGUUCAAGUCCCAUUUCAAUUGAAACGAACUAUGUGAGACAGCAAGGAUCCUAAGGUUCCUGAAAGUGUUAGUUUCAUUUUCAUUUUUAGAGACAAGAACUCAAACAGCCCAUGUCCAUUAGCCAGAUGGUGUCCAUCUUCUGUAAAGUAACUUCCAGUUUAGUUCAGAGGAAAACUAUGCUAUAAUGCUUAUUUAAUGUUGAUAUCCAUUGUUAGCAACCACUUGUAAUGCCAGCAAUGGUAAUGUUAUGUUAAAGUGGUUACUAAGGAUCAUAGCCUUAAUAUUAAAAAUAAUGUAAAAGAUAAUUCAUUCCCCUCCAUAUUGAGCAAGCAUGGCUGCAUUUCUCAGUAACUUCCUCAGAAGCCUAGGAAGCAUUUCCUCAAAGGAACUUGUUCUCUAUCUUCCAGUGCAUCCCUUCCAAGCCCACGUGACUCCUAUGUCCCAGUCGCCUCUUCCAAGUUUCAUACUGAAACCAGUUUUCCAUUCUUGUUUAGUUGCCCUGAUAAUGAUUUGUCCAGUGUCCAGUCAUGCCAGGGCUUGAGUUUUUAAGACCAGGAGUUUGCAUGGUCAUACAACCAACAUUGCCUUUGCCAAGCCACUGCCACCAUCUGCUCCAUUGCCCCAAGUGGGUAGGUGUUGCGGGAGGUCCUUCCGCUCCUCCAGCCUAUAGCCGCUGAGAUACCAGCCCAUUGGG